AUGAUGCUAAAGGAAUUUGAAGAAAAAAUUCUGGUUCUAAGUAAAGAAAGAGAUCAACUGAUUAAGCAAAGAGACUUGGCCAUUCAGGAGGCACAUUCAUGGCGCUCUGAACUUGCGAAGGCUAGGGAGCGCGUUGUAAUAAUGGAAGGAGCUGUUGUUAGAGCUGAGGAGAGGGUCAGGGUGGCAGAGUCAGAUGCUGAAGCUAGAAUAAGGGAAGCCAUGCAGAAAGAGGCAACUGCUGCAAAGGAGAAGCAGGAGCUGCUGGCAUAUGUGAACUUGUUACAAGCACAAGUUCAAAGGCAACAGGUUGAUACCAAGCAAGUCUUUGAGGAGAAGACCGAGUCCUGUUCAGAUAGUAACGCUACACCACUAACGAAGCAUGUAGAUCCGUCAGAAGCAAAUGUGGACAAAGCAUGUCUGUGUGUUUCUAGGGCCAUUCCCGUCAGAGGGGAGAGUGUGGUCCACAUGGCAGUUGACCAAGCCAAUAUUAGGCCAAUUGCGGAUGGUGAAUGGAGUGACAUUCAAGCAACAGAGCCAAGUAUAGCCAAUGUGAGAGACAUUGCCCCUGAGACAGAAGGUAGCAGCUUGGAUAUACCUGUUGUUAGUAGGGAAUGA